AGUUCUUAUAUAAAUAUGUCAAUCGUAACACAUCAUUUAUAAAAACCACAAUUUACUUAAGUGAAAUAAAAAUCUAUAACAAUGAAAUUUUCAUAUUCUCUAUCCAAACGAUUUUAUUUCCAUAUUUUGGUCAUGCAAUUCUUCAUCAUACAUAGUGUUUCGUCAAUGAACCUUACCAAUGAGUAUCUCAACCACAAAUGCCUCAAUCAAGGGAAAUAUAACUCCGGAAGUGCGUUCGAGAAAAACCUCAACUGGAUCUUUCAUCACAUUACUACUAACUCUUAUGCUGCAACCGGUUCCGCAGAAGCAAGUAUUGGACAUACGACAACACCCGAUUUUGUAAGCGUCAUUUUUCAGUGUCGUGGUGACUCUUAUGGAUCGAAAUGUCGUACAUGUGCUGACACUGCAAUUGCGGGGUUUCGUAAGAAAUGCCCGAGUAACAAAGGAGUAAUAAUAUGGUACGAUCAAUGUCUUCUCUACAUUAGUACGAUCAAAGAAAAAGGGUUAACCAAGAUUAAUUACAAGAAUAUUUUUUCUAUGCACAACCCAAAUAACGUGAGAGGGGAUGCAAAACUGUUUGCCAUGAGGGUGGUGGAUUUUUUCUCUGAGCUAACACUUCAAGUAGACAAAAUUUCCAGUAACGAUUAUAAUCACAUUUUUUAUGCGGCGGGGGAUAAGAAGCUUGGAAAAAAUAAAGUAUAUGCAAUGGUGCAAUGUACAGAUGUAACACUAGAUUGUAAAAAUUGUUUGGCAUGGAGUAUCACAAAGCUUUUCAAGAACAACAUCAUUAAACAAGGAGCUCGAAUUUUGGGUACCAACUGUGAUGUAAGAUAUGAGUUAUAUCCUUUUCUUAGGAGUUAA